UUCAUAUAUAAGGCAACCUUUGAUAUGCUAGCAAACAUCAAAAAAAAGGAAGAUCCCAAAAAGAAGAAAGAAGAAGAAGAUGGUGAAAGUAGUAGUAUCAGAGAAGAUGAAGCUUGUGGUGGCAUUGAUCACACUUCAGUUCUGUUUUGCAGGCUUCCACAUUGUCUCAAGAGUUGCUCUUAACAUUGGUGUCAGCAAAGUUGUGUACCCUGUUUAUAGGAAUCUUCUUGCCCUUCUCCUUAUAGGUCCCUUCGCUUACUUCCUCGAAAAAAAGGAAAGGCCUCCACUCACUAUCUCUUUACUGGUUCAGUUUUUCCUCUUGGCACUCAUUGGAAUCACAGCAAACCAAGGAUUCUAUCUAUUGGGACUGUACUAUGCAACUCCAACGUUUGCUUCCGCAAUGCAAAACUCUGUUCCUGCCAUCACUUUCAUCAUGGCUUGUGCCCUACGGUUAGAGAAUAUAGACCUGGUCAGGAAACAUGGUGUGGCCAAAGUACUGGGAACCCUAGUGAGCAUCGGUGGAGCCACAGUGAUCACACUGUACAGAGGAUUUCCGAUCUUUCACAAGAGCCAUAACAUGCACGAGGAGGAGAGGAUCGAAUCUAACUCGUCGCACAACUGGUCACUUGGAUGGUUAUACCUAAUGGGGCAUUGUCUGUCAUGGGCUGGUUGGAUGGUUCUUCAAGCUCCUGUUCUAAAGAAGUACCCAGCAAAGCUUACUCUUACAUCCUUCACAUGUUUCUUCGGUCUGGUUCAGUUUCUAGUCAUUGCACUGUUUGUCGAAACUGAUCUCAAUAACUGGAUCAUUGUCUCUUGGGAAGAGCUCUUUACCAUCCUCUAUGCCGGAAUAAUAGCGUCAGGGUUUGUGGUUUAUCUUCAGACUUGGUGUAUAUACAAAGGCGGUCCUGUCUUUGUCGCAGUCUUUCAGCCUCUCCAGACACUUCUUGUCGCUGCAAUGGCGUUUCUUGUUCUUGGUGAUCAGUUGUACUCUGGAAGGAUUGUUGGUGCAGUGUUCAUAAUGUUGGGACUCUACUUGGUUCUUUGGGGCAAAAACGAAGAAAGAAGACAAGUGCUUGAAGAGACUACUCAACAAGAUCCAGAGUCUCUGACCAAACAUCUUCUUGAGGCACAACACAAUAAUGCUGAAUCUGAAGUGUAAAAGUUUACACUUCUGCAAUAACUUCUCUGUACAUACACACAGGAACGUGGCCAAAACACAGGCUCCUCUAGUGGGUCUAUCAUACAAUGCAUAUUCUAGUUUAUUAUUGAGUUGCAACCAAAAAUUGUGGUUGCAAUAAAUGUAUGAAUAAAUGAAAAAAAAAAAGAUAAAUUGAACCAAGUAGUAGUUUAAACUCAUGAUUUGGUCUGGUUGUUGACAGACCAACCAGUGUGCUGGAUAAACUAAUGUGUAAUGUAUUAAGCUUCUAUACAACGAAUCUGUAUCAAUUGUGACCCAGCCACUGAAGUUAUGAUUCUACUUAAACAUCAUUUCCAAAAUAUAACCAAAUCAUCAUCACCAUCUUAAACAAAAAAGGGGAAUUCUUGAUAUCAAAUCACUAGAAAGAAUUAAAGUCGCACUAAACCACAAAGAAAACAACUUAGCUGCAAUAGAACAUGGUGAAAGACGAGGGGGGUCUAAGUUCAACAACAAAUUGCGAAAAAAAAAAAACACGAAAAA